AUGAAAAGAAAUUCAGAAUCAUAUAAAAUUCAAAAACAAGCUCAUCGUCAGCAAUUAAAAGAGCUUGCCCUAGAAAAUUUUAAAGCGAAAUACAAGGCAGCGGUGCAUUGUCUUCUCCGGGACGGACUUUCUUCGGCCAAAGAGUUGCCGUAUGGGUUGACUAUUUCGGAUCUCGAAAACCUUCUGGAUUUCGGUAAACGCAUUACGGGAAAUGACGAUAAAUUGCCACGUCCUCAAAAUUCGUGGAUCAUAUAUCGAAAGUUUAUGGGACGUCGUAUUAUCGAAUCAAAAGAAGCAGUGUUAUUCACGGAUAUUACCAAGCUUGCCGGAGAAAGAUGGCAAAAAGAAUCCGAAGAAGUAAGACAGCUCUUUUUUAUUCUCGCAGAGGCAAACAAACGAGCACAUAAGUUUGCCUUUCCAAAUUACCGUUACAAGCCUACACACAAGACCAUUGGAAAAGGUAACGAGGCUAAAUAUAAAUUGAUAAUGGACAAGAGAGUUACCAGCUAUGUAACUAAUAGAACAACAUCCACAACAAAUGAUACCGAUAAGAAUAAACCAAUAGAGCAAAUUAACCCGCCAUUUUUAUUGGAAUUAUCCAAUUUCGUAGUGCCUUCUCACCUGAAUGAAAACACUAUCGAUAAUUCUAAUAAGAAUGUAUUAUGUGAACAGAUACAGAAUACAGCUAGUUCGCAAUUUUUAUGGGAUUUAUCUACCCCCAUAGUACCUUCCCAACACGAAGAACCAUUCGUUCAAGAAGACCCAACCUCGAGUCUUGUUAAUUUAGAUUAUCAAAUUAGAUCCGAAUUAAAUCUCUUGCCCAUUUAUGAAUCAAAUAAUAAUAUGAUAAUCAACGAACCAAUCCUUGAUAUACCUGCUGAAUCCUCAUCUUUCCAUUCUGCAAUUUUUCAAAAACCAGAACAAAAUUUAAUGGAAUUUAAUUAUUAUGACGCGUUAAAUUUCUUUCCCGAAGACAUUCGUCAAGAUGAAAUCAAUAUGGAAUCAGAGACACCGGAGAUUCGUUGUGUCGAUUUUACAUUUCGACAAUAUUCCGAUAUCGAUGUAUUGUUCAUUCCAGACACUAUCCCGAAAGUAGAUUAUGUGUUAAGUGUUUGUACCGGAUCUGCGUUGAUUGCAGCUACCGGUCCUUUGGAUGGCAAAUCAGCGACUAUCGCUUAUAGAUGGUUACCGAACAAGUCCGACGGGCUCAUGAUGAAAACACCAUUCUUCUGCGUAAGGUAA